AUGCGCAUCACUUUUCGCGUGUCAAUAGCCGUCGCCUUGGUCGUUACUAUCCUGCUCGUCAAGAAUCAUUUGGAUUCUCUCGAGCCAAAAUGGCAAGCCGACCGCGGCGCUGACCUUGCGCCGGAAUUCGUGCUGGACAGCGCUGGCGCACAUAUCGAGCUGGUCUCGGCCAAUCCUACACGACUGUCACCUACGUACUCUUCACAUUCUUUACAAGCAUCAUACUCUUCUUCGCCAAUUGCACCCCAAUCAAAUCCUGCGCCGCCCUCCAAAUCGUGGCCCGAGCCGACGAAUCCGCCCGUGAAGCCGACCAAGUUUCAACCGAAAUCAAUCCCGGUCGAUGUGCCGGGCGCGUAUGAUGAUAUUUGGCAAUAUCCGUUCUGGAUGGAUCGAGAUGAUGAGGCUGGGGUCAUUCAUAACCUGAAUGUGAAGCCGAAGCCCAAGCCCAAGUCGACUCCCAAGCCGAAGGUCUCGCCGUAUCCCGAUCGCGUUAUCGUCUUGGGUCGUAUGUCGUGGGAAGACUCGGAUUGGUUGGAGGAGGAAUUGCCCGAAUGGCAACACGCAGUCUACGUGGUCGAUGAACCCGACUUCGAAUACACCGUUCAAAUGAACAAGGGCAAAGAAUCCAACAUCUACCUCCAGUAUAUCAUCGACCACUAUCACAAACUCCCCGAAUACAUGGUCUUCCUACACGCCCACCGCAACGCCGAUCAUGUCGAGUUCUGGGAACAGGACAAUGCCCUGACCGUCCAACGUCUCCAAUUGGACUACUUGAAGAAGGUCGGCUAUGUCAAUCUCCGCUGUGGCUGGGGCCCAGGCUGCCCAGAUGAAGUCCAGCCAUUCCGCCAGUUGGACGGGCGCACGACGGAAAUUGCUUUCGCAGGCGCUUGGAUCCGUAUCUUCAAUAAUACGGAUGUCCCCGAGGUAGUGGCGACCCCGUGCUGUGCGCAGUUUGGCGUGACCAGGGCACAGGUUCAUGCCCGGCCUUUGAGUGACUACCAGUCUUUUCACCGCUGGCUGAUGGAAACUGAAUUGGAUGAUGAGACGAGUGGCCGUGUGUUUGAGUAUUUGUGGCAUAUUAUUUUCGGGCAGGAUCCCGUCUUUUGUCCCUCGAAACAACAGUGUUAUGAGGAUGUAUAUGGAAUGGAGUGGGACCCUGCCUACGAGGAUGAUUAUAUGGAUUGGGUUAGUGAUGAUUUUUGGGACAUGCCAUGA